AUGGUAUUUGAUGUGUCAGAUUUUGGCACUAGCGUUAAUAUUAGCUCUGACGAAAAACCACAGCAAUCAACGAUUUCAUUGAUGUUUCAAGGUCAACAUUCAUUACCUGUUCCAUGUGUGAAACUUGAUACAGCAGAUGGUGCAUACAGUGACACUUUUCAUUUAUCCAUGGAUGAAGGACCAUCAGAUGCUGAUAAUACAAAGCAACCAUUACAACUAAAAAUGACGAAUAAACGACGUUCUAGUUCGAACGAUUAUUUAACACGGCCGGUUGCACGUUUAAAAACUGAGAACAAUAAUCCGGAACGAUCUCAUCCAAACACAAAACAGUUUUUUCUUGAUAAUUUAAAUGUUCCAAUCGAUUGUUCGGCAAUUGAUGGUGAUAUUGAACAUUUCAAGCCAACAAUACCCUGUCGUUCAGUAUUAUUUAGACGAUCAACAACAGAUUGUAAUGAGUCACUAUCACUUUCUCAAACGUCAACACCAGUUAAUAAUAAACACAGUGAGUUCCGUUCAUUAUUAAAGCCAUCUAACACGAAUUUAUCAACAGUUACCGAAGAAAAGACAAUAACAUCUUUAAUAAAUAGUAAAGAAGGUCAUUCAAAUUAUUUUAACACUAGUAUUAAUUCCAAUUUAUCGUCAAUGCAUUCUUCAAAUCAUUCAAACAGUCUAUUACUUCAACAAUCAAUACCAUAUGAACAAAACAAUCAGUCAUCACCAUCGUCACACUAUUCAUUGCCAGAUUAUUUAUCGCCAUUUACACAACUAAACAGUGAGAAUCAAUCGUCUUAUUUUUCUUCAAAUAAUCAAACGAAUUCGAAUCGUUCACGAACUUCAUCUGGUUAUUGUUCAUCACAAACUAAUAAAAAUUUAUCAUCGUUUUUUACUUCAACACGCGAUGACGAUGAAGAAGAUCUUCAACAAUCAUUUUUACCUUGUACAUCUCAUCACUCAUCGUUCGAAUUAAAAACAUCAACGACUACUUGUUCAGUCCACAAUAAUAAUAAUCAAAAUGUUUUUCAAAUACCAUCAAUUCCAAAUUUAAAAAUACAAUCUCAUAGUCUUGUUGAUAAACUAAACGAUCUUAGCAUAAAAAAACAAAACGAUACUAAUUCCAUUUGCUCCCCUUUGUCAUCACUUUCAUCAUCAUCUAGCUCAUACACCACAUCACUAGUACCAAUAUCUACAACAAUAACAACAACAGAGAAAGAAAAUAAUUUAACCAGCGAUAUUUGUUGUCGAAAAUGUCUUAAAUUUUCUAAUUCAACAAAAUUUUUAAUUGGUGCCAGUGAUGAUGAAGAACAACAACAAAAUGAGAAACAACCAUCAACAUAUCAAAAUCAAAAACGACCACGAUCAUUACCAAUUCCAAUUAAUGGUACUGCUGUUGGUGGUUCUAGUCAUUCAAACAAUCAACAUCUAUUUGAAGACGAUGAUGACGAAGAACAAGAAAAUGAAACAAGUUUUUCUUGUUCAAGUUUUGAUAAUACAGAUCAGGAGGGAAUAUUAUCAUAUUUGUCUGGAACAUGUGCAUGUCGUUCCAAGAAAAAGAAAUUUCGUACAGAUGACGAUGAUGAUUUAAGAAAAAGUAAUAUAAAUAUGGAACAAAUAUCAACAGCUACUUCAGCCAAUGCAACAUUUAACUGUUUUUUAUCACAACAACAAAAUAAACUCCAUAUUGUUAUGCCGAUAAAUCACAAAGAUGAAGCGGAAAAACAUGAUCAUUGUGCAUCAUUGAAAAUGAAAAGAAAACUUGAACAUUUUAUUAUGAGUCCUACGGAUAAAGUGAAAGUACCUAUGAAAUUUCCAAUUGUAAACAAAAAUAACAGUGAUGAUAAUGAAAAAGAUAAUGAAUUAAAAGGCGAAAAUCAACCAGAAGAAAUCGAUUUUAAACGAUCGAAUCAACGUGCAAUGCGAACAUUAUAUAAAAAUCGUGUUCGUUUGAAUAAUGACAAUGUUUUACAACAACGACAAAAAGAUUCAUUAAUUUAUAAACAACAAAAAUCAUUAACGACGUCAACAACAGAUAGUUCGAAACAAGUAGUGAACGCUCGUACUUUACGAAGUGUAUUAUCAUGUAGUGUAUUUGAAGCUGAUGACGAACAUGAAGUUUCACAAACAAUUGGUAAUAGUUCAAGAGGAAAAUCACUUGUUGAAACAUUAAAUUGUUUAAGAGGAAACUUUGUGGAAUCAGUUCUUAGUGGAAAAAUGUUGCCGUGUGGCACAGUCGAUGGAUUUGCAGUUAAACUUGGAGCAAGUGGGCUCUUUCUUCCAAAACAUGUCACAUUACCUGUCUCAGUAUUCUGGUUUAAUGUUUCGGCUGAUGCAGCAUGUUCACCAUAUCUAGGUUUUGUCAAUCUUCUUUCAUUACCGAAACGAGGUUAUCACACUCCAACAAAAGGAACAGUACAAUUGGCAUUAUUCAAUCCUAAUCAAACAGUUGUUCAUAUAUUUCUGAUUUCGUAUGAUUUAACAGAUAUGCCACCAGAUCAUCGAACAUUUAUUCGUCAACGUCACCUCUGUGUUCCAGAAAACGGUGAUCAAACAAAAGGCAAUUUAAGAUAUCUAGCACAUUUGCGUUUCGUAACAUCACAAACGGGUAAACUUUAUUUACAUGCCGACAUCCGUUUAAUAUUUGCACGUAACAAAAUUGAUUACGAUGAUCAUUUAGGUAAACAUAAAUAUAUAACAACGAAUGAUCUCCCUGCACCUCGUUAUUGGCCUCGUAAAUAA